UAAAAACCUUACGUUGGAGAAAGGAGAAGUCACACUGUUUUGAUAAUUCUUUUAUAGCUUACAUAGAGGUAUUUCCAUAAUAGAUGUACCUUGGUUUCCAUAUGUAAAGUCCAGGCGCUAAAUUGAAAGCCCUGGACUCCUUGCUCUAUAAUGGCCAAAGUCAGCCACUAUCAGUCAGCCCGCACAUAUGAUGCAGGGCAGACAUUGUAUAUAAUAUAAAAUAUCCUAUGGCCUUCAUAGAUAAGGUCCUAACUAUAAGCCUUAGGGCCUAUAAUAUCGUCUCCUCUACCCCCUAGACGCUUACUUCCGGCGCCAAAUUGCUUCCUCCUUGUUCUUUUACUAUAAAAUAUCUUAUAAUUAUUUGAUUUUAAAUGAAUUGCAAUGGAAUUUACAUAAUACGUAUCUACCAUGAGUUGAAUGCCUCAUGUUGUAUGAUAAUUACGUGACAUUUGUGACGUACAACUCAUUAUCGUACUGUAUGGAUAAGCAUAUGCAGCAUGCGGUUUUCAUGCCAAUAUACCAGUAAUUUCCGUUAUGCUAUCACCAGUAACAUAAGCGUAGCUGAUAAAAGGAUAUUGCAGCUUUAUGUUUCCAGUCCGUGAAGACCAAAAUGAGUAUUAACAAUCGUAUUUGUAAUCAAAUUGAAAAUGAAUUGAAUAUUUAUAUUUUUGUAAAUUCAAUUGGAGAAUGUUAGAAAUUAGAAAAGAAUUAUUUGGAGAAUUGGAUUUCACUCUCCGAUGACAGAGGAAUAAUUUUCAAAUUAAUUUGAUAAAUAUUAUCGAAUUCCUUUCGCCAAAUUUUAAUCGAUGCCCGAUCGGUGAUCUGGGUCACGAUUGACCAGGUCACCUUCCUUUGAGAAUUAAAAGAAAUGAAAUGAUUUCAUAGCAAAUACAAUAAUUCCAAACAUUGAUUACUACUUUUCUUAUCUGUAUCUCUGCUGCGUAAAUGUCACGGAUAUUACGUUUCGACGCACUUCACAGAAAUAGAAAAGUACUAAUUGUGCUUUUUUCUUGUAUGUACAGACACACGGUUUAAGAAAGAAUAUAUACAAAAUGUUUUAACCGAAGCUAAAACAAAUCAAAGAAGAAAAAUGCGUUCUUUACUUUUUUUUUGCAAUAGGAAAUGUCAAAUGAAAGAAAUUACAAUAAUUUGUAAUUCGUUAUUACGAUGAAACCAUAUUUAAGCAAUAAUGUUCUGGACAAAAUUCCAAAAACGUCCAGCAUCGAUGAUUUAAAAACAAAAGCUGAGGAAGAAUUUACAAAAUAUUAUGGAACUUACCCAACCUGUGCCGUGUACGCACCCGGAAGUCUGACAAUAGGCGGGAAAAACCGAAAUGUAGAGAGCAAAUCAUUGUCCAUGGCCGUUCAACUUGUCACUGUGGUAGUUGGCAAACGAAGUCAUGGAAAUAAAUGGUGUUACGUUAAAACAAUGGCAGAGGAAAUAGUCGGUAGUAAAGUAUUCGACAUUUAUUUGAACACCGAGUCACUUGAAAUAUCAACGGAAGAAAGUUUGUGGGUACGAUAUGUAAAGGGAACGAUACAAAGUUUCAAGACCAGACGAGCAAACGUUCCCGGAUUUAAAAUCGUAAUCGCGUCCAACGUGCCGAUGAAACGUGGUCUUGGAAGUAGCUCCGCCUUGGUCGUCGCCUUAUACACGUUUCUCGAGGCGAUCACGAACACGUACACGGGCAACAUUCUCGAAAAAACAUUGGCAUGCUACUUAGCUGAGAGAUUGGCAGCAAACCCAUGCCGAGUCCAUCUGGGUGACAUUUUGACCUCGAUCAUAGGAAUCGAAGACAAAAUAUUCUGUUUCAAUCCAAAAUCUCUCCACUUCAAAACCUACAACUGGGAUUCCAAGGACGUUUAUUUUAUAUUCAUAGAAUGUGGAAAAAAAGAAUGGUCACCAUUUUGUACAGAAAUGAAAAAUAAAGAAAUGUUGACUUUGAUAAAUACUAGAUCUAAAUGGCGAACACAUCCUCUUCCUGAUUCAAUGAUCCAGCUCCUUUUUUCCCAAGAAACUAUAAAAAUGGUCAAUGAUAUUAAUAUUGAAAAUGAUAGAAUCAAAAAUAUGAUUGAAAAAAUUGAAUCAGAGGAAUGGGAACAUUUGGGCCGUAUUUAA